AUGAUUGAUUCCUACUUUACUGUAGCAAGAUCUAAAGGUGCAAAACGAAAGCAAGAUGAGGAAGACAGCAAGUGUAAUCAGAAUCACAAAGUUGCCUUAAUGGAUGGGACAUGUGAUGUGGCUAGUGGCUCAAAUCAAACUUCUGUAAAUUCAAAAUUGUCGUUUCUUCAAAUGAAUAGAAAACAGAGUCUUCACUGGAAAAGGAUAACAGCUGAAAACCUGAAUCUUGAUUACAUUCAGCUCUUCUCUAAAUCCGAGGCUGAUGCCCUCUUUCAAGAAGCAGAAAAGUUGAUAAAGUACAAUGCUGAUAGCAAGGUGUUUGUUUAUGGGAAGUGGCACAAGAUUCCAAGAAAGCAAACUGCUUAUGGAGAUGCAGGUCUAAAUUAUACAUUUUCUGGCACGACAGUUCCUGCACAACCAUGGGACAAUGCGCCUUUCCUUAAAGAUAUCAGUGAUUUAAUAUCCUCUUUAACAAAUCAUAAGUUUAACUUUGUCCUUGUGAACAGAUAUAAUGACGGCAGUGACCACAUGGGCGAACACAGGGAUGACGAGGUUGAUUUGGUGUCCAAAAGUGCCAUAGCAUCCGUCUCUUUAGGUCAACACAGGGACUUUGUAUUUCGACAUAAGGACGCCAGAGGAAAAGAUGCUAAAAGAAAGAUUGAUCCUGUUAAGCUUGAACUAUCACAUGGAAGUCUGCUAAUGAUGAAUCACCCAACUAAUGUGUAUUGGUUCCAUUCUCUCCCUGUGCGGAAGAAAGCAAUGUGUCCAAGGAUAAAUUUGACUUUUAGGGAAAUGGUUGUUAAACACAAAGCUAGUGCCUAGUGUAACUAAGUUAAGAGGCCAGUGGGGCUCCUUUUUCACCCUGUAGGGUGGUGUGUACAAGACUUUUGUCUGAAAGUCAGAAAUGCUGCAGCAAAAAGUUGAAAACCCUAAAACAGAGAGAAACACAAACACGGAGCUUUACUUUACUUGACAUUAUAAAGAGACUGAGAUUUCAUGAUCAGAUUAAAAGUUUCCGAACCAGUACUUUCUAGAUUUCCCCCUUACCUCCUGUACUCUGUGUUAAUGGUUUUCAUUUCUUCCAGCUGUACCUCUAAACUGAAUAGCCAAAUAGACAUGCCCAUCGUAUUUAAGUGUGAAUGUUGCUGCUAUCAUAACAAGAACUCCUCAUUUGAAGUGUCACUGAGGAAAGCUUGAAGUGUAUUUUCUUUUACUAUAAAAAUUUAUAGAGUGUCCUAUGCAAACAAUCUUUGUUUCUCCAUGAAAUUGUAGGGGCUUUUGUUUAGGUGUAGAUCAUUAAAAUCCAUUUGCACUUAGAUUGCAUUUUAAGGAAAGGCUCUUUCAGUAAUAUAUUAUGUACUAUGAAUAUUCUUUUUUAGGGGCGGGGAAAGGGUGGUGGCAGGUGGCAGUAUGUACCCUGAGGGGACUCCCUAGAAAUACCUAUACCUAUAACUGGUUCUAUUUCAACCAAAAAGGAAAAGAAAUCAGGUAUAAUGGUAUAUAGUAAUACUGAUAGUCUUGAAUUCAACUCCAAAAUUCCCACUGGCACUCCUUCAAGACCUCAGACACACAACUCACCACAUUCCCCUACCCAAACAGAACGCCAAGCAAUGAUCCCCUCUGUCUUUUACAGCAGCAUAUAUAAUUUGACAAGUGUAAUUAUAAAAAGCUAUCAAUUGCAAACUGUAAGUGUCUUUGGUUAUAAACAGACCAAACUCGGCUCCUCUUUCACUUUCCCUUGGACCAACCUUGUUCCUAGGGUUCUCUCUCUUGCUUUGACAAAGAUCAAAUCCUGGUCAUGUGGAAAUGAGGUUUAAUAAAUUACGCAGGAGGGGAGGUUCUCCACUACAUUUUGUUGACUGGAUGAUGAAAUACUAUCUGGGGUAGGGAGAAAAUUCUUUCUUCAAAAUAGUGCUUGAGUUUCAGAGCUGGCUUCAAAGAGUGUUGCUUUUGGCUAAUUUCUAUAGCAUUCUUUUGAAGGAAAAUAGGUUAUUUGUUUAGAGAGUUUGUACUUGAAAAAAGAUUUGCUUGCUGUUCUGCCAACAGGAUAUGGAAAAUCUUAGGCGACUUGCAUGUGCAGACUUCGCUUUUUGUUAAUUUGCAUACUCUGCACAUGCAGUUCAUGACAAGGAAGUGAUAAUGCACCACCCAGGUGGCAGUUUAAAGUUUAUUAUGUUAUUUCAGGAGCCCAUAACCCGGAGUGAGCAACUCCCAUACUAGGCCUAUGUCACAGCAUUUUUACUGACCGGUUCAUUUGUAGACACAUUUUAGGGCAAUUUUUCCCAUGAAAAUGAAUCUCUGCCACAUCUAUGAACGCAUUUGAAGUGUAAGAUAUCAAAAAUGAAAACGUAGCGUCAUUAAAAGGCAAAAAUUAUCAUUUUUAGGUCUGUAUGUUUUGCUGACUGAUUUGUGGGACUUUAAAGAUAUUUUAAAUUUGUGCCAAAAUUGUUCUAAAAAUAAACUGGUCCAUGAAAACGCCUUGACACAAGUACAUGGAAGUUGCUUGCUCCAGGUUAGGGGCUUCUAGUUAUUUUUUGCUUCAGUAGCCUGUGUACAGAACCCUUCUCUCCUCAGGAAAGGUCAAUUUUCCUGAGGGAAGGGGUCUGUACACAGGCAAUGCUCUGGCUGGUGCAUGAUAUACCUUGUUCUCAGUGUUGCUCCCUCUUGCAAUUAUGCCAUACCAUUUUUUCGGGUGUUUUUGACAUUUUCAAAUACCCCUGCCAUCCGCUGAUAAUGAACGAGGUGGAAAACUCCGAUCCUCUUAGACCCUGACAGAAAAGUUUUGCCAUAGCGACAAUUUACCCUUCUUCCCCUCCCUUGUUUUUGGGAGCCACGUGACCAUCAGAGGUCGAGAAAAGAUAGAACCCUGGGAACGAGGUUGGGAAUAGCCUUACGUAAUUAUGUGACGUCAUAAGACAAGGUCUCUCAGGUCGUGACCAGUCCUGCUCGGCUAACUUCAUUUUAGAACAACAAUGGCAGAAGCUCCAGGGGGAUACUCGCUGCGAGAAGUUGAGAUGAAUACUGACGAUAGAUAUGGCUUUAAGAGAGAAUAUAGGAAACAGAAGUAAGAAUCCGUUAUUUAUAUUGCAUUCUGUGUGACUUUUCAAUAGAUCAGUAGUUUGCUCUAUGGACCUUUUUCGACAGCACGCACGUCUUCCUCGAAGGUCACCUGAGCGGUGCGAUUUUUACGUUCAUGGAAGCUCUAAAUCAUCGGAGAUUUAUUACCAUAUAUCGAGGAAUUUCCCAAACCAUGGUUAAAGUGAAAGAAAGCUGUGUAUGGCUUUUAAAAGGAAAUCUAAGUGUUCCAUUUAUAUAACAUGUGGUGCAAACGCACACGCUUAUUCUUUUUUUAUGCUUACCAACUGCAUUUGUCUGGGGCAGUGACUUCUCCAAAGGACGAUAAUUCCCUUCUAAAGGGCACUGUUUCAAUGUCUUUUGUGACUUGCAGAGUAAUGAACCACCGCUUUAAAAUUUUUGGGCAGAUGUUCUCAAAAAAAGUGUUGUAAGUUUUUAGCAAAUCAUGAAUGAAAUCACAGUUGUAGAUUGCCGCUGUGCAUUUUUAAAACGGAAGAAUGCCGACGUAGUAAGUGUAAUCGAAUUCUUUAACAGUAGGAAGUAUUUUGACUGUUAGUUGAUAGGGGUCUGAUAGGUAUCUACAUCUAUGACUUUCGUUUUUAAAAUAGUAAGUGAUUUCUAAUUAUGAUGGUAAACACAUCCUAACUAAAGUACUUAUUUCAUUUUUAGCUUAAGUGAACUGCUGUUAAGUAGAAUGUAUAAGCUCACAUGAAUUCAUAACAUUUCAGGCUGAAUUUUAGAGACAUGGAAGUUGGAACAGAAGAUAACAAGGAAAGCAAAAGAGGAAAAACAGUGAGUUGAAGUGACAAAUAUAGACAAGAAAAAAAUCCCAGAGUCUGUCGCUACUGUCAUUUUAAGUUAUAAAGGCAAAAAUUAAAGCUAAUAAAAAGCAUUCAGAGAUUUGGGAUUAAGCAGAAACAAUCACCCUUCGAUCCCCUACAGUAAAAAAAUUAGUUUCCAAAUGUUGGGAAUUAUUGUCAAUCCUCACAGGAAUAAAGGGAUGUGUCAGGAACAUAGAAACUCUCCAGAUUCUCCCAUUUGUUUCCCUGACCACAUGAUUCCAGAUGAUCAGGGAUAUAAUAAUAUUGAUUUCAAGGCUUUGUUAAAGCUGGCCUAAUCUGGAUGGUCAGGGAAACAGCAAUAUUGCUGAUCAUUUGAAAUCUUCCCUACAAAUGGAAACCAGGGGUGCUUACCAUUUAUGUGGGAAAACCAGAAAUUUUGUUGGAAUUGCAAAUGGUUCGCUUCAUCCCAUUUGGGAAUGCUUCAGAAAAUAUGGGCUGUGUUUUAAUGUGAUGAAAUUUUUCAACCCUUUUUAGUCAGUGUUCAGCUGAUCUCGAUAUACUUUGUAGCAAGUCAUUCUCCCUCCACAUCAAAUUUUAUAGUUUUAUGUUCAUGCACAAAAUUUUCACAUGGGUAGUUUUUAUAAAUGGCAAGCACCUCAGGCUUUAAAUGAGUACCAUCAAUAGAAAUUUAAGGUGAAGGUUGAUCAAAUUUGCCUAUUUACAAGUUACCUUUAACUUAAAGAAAUGUUCCUGCCAAGAAACACAGCAGCUGCAAAUUAACCAGUUGAAUUUUGCUGCUUGCACGUUUAUUAGUUUGUUUAAAACUGCAACUUGUAUGGAUUGUGUUCAACUGUGAAAAAUUGUGGAAACUUACAGUAGCUCUGUUUUGAAUUUAUUUCUCAAAUUUUUAAAAAAUGUGAUUUGUGUCAUUAAAUAUACCAGUAGCUAGUGCUACAUAAUUCAUAUGAAAAAUGUAGUAAUAUUAUUUUUAGAACAAAGGUUAACCUAAUCCCUCAUCUUCUUAACUAUCUUAUAGUCGUAAAUUAAUAAUGACCCCUUCUCAUUCCAUUAAAUUAGUUUUUAAUAAUAAUAUUAUUAUUCAUCUUCAUUUUAGUCUGAAGAACAAAACAAUCCAUUCAACAUGACUGCAAAGAACUUUCCAAAAAGGAGGUAUGUUUUUUAUUCUUAAUAUUGUUAUGUCCAGGGCCCUAUUAAAAAAUCAGGAUUAUAUUAAUUUUUCUGUUCCAUUUUGAAUAAUAUUGUAUUUAAAAGCUAACAGAUUCAUUUUAUCAAAUGUUUCUGACAGGAAAAUUAGAAAGGCGAAGAAAUAUGUUUAUUCUACUGUACUUUUUUUUAUUUCAGAAGCCGAACGCAUCCUUCUGUGGCCUCCUACAAUCGCACCAGGUACAACUGUGUUUUAAAUACCUGCCAACAACGUUUUUUAAAUCAAAGGCAUGAGGUUUUUUGGAGAGUACUACAGUGUAGGAUUAUUUGCAGAGGACCCUAUCGCAGGGUUCACACAGUCUUGAAAAGUCCUUGAAUUUUAAGGGAAGUCCUUGAAAAGUCCUUGAAUUUCAUUUUUUCUUGAAAAGUCCUUAAAAUGUGCAAGUCCUUGAAAUGUCCUUGAAUUGUUUUCAACUUUAAAUGUAGUGACCUGGAAAGUGUUUUUUGAUGCUCUUUGGUUGUCAAUAUUUUAUGCAAUAAUUAACUAUCAAUUUAAGACAAGUGAACUGAAAAAUGUAGAGAAGUUAGUGAAGAAAACAGUUCAAGCCUUAAAGCCUUAUAAGAAUGGACUGGGAAUUGGCAUUUAUAUACAAUGUGUGAUUCCAAAAAACAUCCAUACCCCCCCCCCCCCUCACUGAUGGUCAAUGGACUUUCCUAAGGGUUGGGGGGGCUAAAGGUUAGACAUUUCCGAGGGGUAUGGGGGGUGCCUACGAGAAGAAUUUUCCACAGGGUUGUAAAAGACGCGAUCGAUCGUACGAGACAUACGAGGCAUGAAGUCUUUAAAUAAAUGUCGUCCUUCAGGCAAAUCCAUCGCAAUUCUCGCUGCAAUUCUCAACAGGUCCCUUGCUUCUCCGGGAAUAAAUUUUAGCGCAUCGAUUAAUAAUGUCGAACAUGUAUCCAGAUUGCAGACUCGAUUGCAGAUUAGUCUGAUAGAAACUUAGGCUAAUCGAGAACAAACGUCGUCUAUCUCGGCACUAUAUUUCUUGAGCUUGUGUAAACAACUUUAUGCAAAUUUCGGUUGACAUUCAGGGAGUUCAUCGCGACAAAGCGUUGCGUGACGACCCAAAUGAGAGCUUUGCUGUAUUUUAUUAUUGACUUCUAAUAAAGUACCGUUGAAGGCAAGCUGUUUGUCGAACAGACUUCAAGCCAAAUCAACUUUUGCCCAAAAAUAUUAAUGAUCUGUUUCUUCUUUGUCGAGGAGACUUUCGAUCACAUGCUAAGCAACGAAAUAGAUCAUGUUUCACCGAUGUUCAUUUCUGAACAUGAAUCGAUGCAAAUAUGGGACUCAAAAUGAAUGUUUGCAUAUUUUGUUCUUUUAACUUUGAAGUUAUGCUGUAAAUGUUGCUUUUGAGAUGAAACUGACUAAUAGACUAGAUGUGUACAUUAUUGAAACUUAAUUACGGUAUCAGAAAUCAACUUUGGGACCAGAAGCCGAAGAUUUACUGAUAAACUUUGCCUGUAUUAAAAGAAGAUUCAUUUUGAAAUUUGAAAAUGUUCAUAUAGUUUUAUUUCAAUGAAUAGUUCAAAUUUGAAGUUAUGCUGUAAAUGUUUUCUUGAGAUGACAAAAACAUAUUAAUCUCUGUUUUCGUGCCUCGUGCGUUUUGCUGGAUGGACUAAUAAAAAAGAGAGACUGCUCAUUAUCAAGCAUGCUCUACCUGCGUAAGAAAUAUAAAUUGCUUUUUAAAAAAUUACAAAUAGGUUAGAGAUUAUAAAAAACUGUGUCUUAAGAUGAGAACAGUUAACUUUAAACGGUACACGGUCGAUAAUCUCUAAAUGCGGCAAAUAAACACCAUGAAAAGGAAAAUAGGAAAUUCCUGGGGGGUAGGGGGUUAUAUAUGACCCCUCAGGAGCGAAAAUUCCGAGGGGGUGGGGGGGUCUAAUUGGAAGAACCAUCCGUGGAAGGGGUAUGGAUAUUUUCUGGAAUCACACAAUCUGUGAAAUUGUAUUCCUAGUAGGUGGUCCUUGAAAAUCUAAUGUGGUCCUUGAAAAGUCCUUGAAAAAUAGUUGCAAUUUUUUGUAUGAAUGCUGAAUCAUAUCUGAAGGUACAACCUAAGAAGUUCCAUUGCAUUCCUUUUUAUCAUUGAAAUGAAACUGAGAUCAGGGUUCUCUGAAAGCUCUUGUGAUUGGUAAAAGUUUUCAUCCUCUCAUUACUGAAGCAUUGGCUACUCACAAUAGAGAGAGACACUGAAACUUUUUUUUCCACCGUAGUCAAGUUUGGAAGACAUUGUAAUCAAGUGGCUUACAUUAUUGUUAUUUCCUAUUCACAGGGGAAGCACAGUUAGUGCUAAUAAAGCCCUAGAACUUGUUCGAGCAGCCUUGCAACCAUCGCUCAAUGCGGAAAUUGAGUCUGUUUUGAAGAGCUACCAGGAGGUUUGUUUUACCAGUGCAGCACAUGUUAAUAGAUAAAUGAGAAGAUAGCCAAUAAUGUCACAACUUAAAUGACCAAUCAGGUCAAUAUCCAGAGUUGAAUACUGAUAUGAUACACUUAGAUUGACCCUUAAGAUGACUCCAGCACAGGUUGUCAAAACAUCAGUCACUAUCAACAACAGUCAUAUUCAGGAUUACACUCACCCAGAUGAUCAUAUUCCACCUUCUUAUGAAAUAAUGCCUAGGUUCAAAACAUUCAAAGGUGAUCAAUUGUUUCUUUUGCCAGAUGUUUCGCAUGGCUGCACGUAACAUCAAAGACAACACAAGUGAACCUGUCUCAGAGGAACAGAUAAAAGCUGUGUUAAGACGCAGCCUUGAUGAGGUACCAAUACUCUUAGUAAAAUUUCUGGUACCCAUUCUAGUCUAGCCCUGGUGACGUUGAGUCAUUUUUGAACUGGAGUGUUCAGAGUUCAAGCUGCAGCAUACAAACGUAUAAAAACAAUUACAGUCCUGACUUAUUGUCUUUCACAAUUCCCCAUCACCUUAACCUUUUCACUGGACCCAGAACAGGCCAAAGUCAAAACUGGACAGAUAUCCAAAUAUUUACUUUUUAAAUGCCCCCUAAAAUUAGUACCAUUACGGUACUGUAACAAUACUACCAAAGACGUUUCAUCAGACAGGGGAUUUUAGAACCAACUUAAUCCUUUAAGCCCCAAUAUUCACAUGCAAAUUCUCCAAACUGAUCUCCAUACAGUUUCUGUAAGAAUUAGUUGAGAGAAUUUGAUGAAAGAUCGUGGCAUUUUCUCUUUGGUGGUCAUUUUAUUAAUUCUCGUAACUUUAUCUCUUGACAAUGUAUGGAUAUUGUUUGCAGAAAAUUGUUGUUGGUCACUAUAGGCCAGUUGCACUAAGAGGUCACGUGACCAAUGCUUCCUUUAAACAAUGAGUUGGAAUCUUGCUGAUGCCAUAAAUUGACAGAGCACAUAAAAAUUAUCUUACACCCGAAAUUUGAGGGGAAACGCAUUUAAGGGAGAUAUUUUAUGGCACUUUGAUUUUUCGACAAAGCAGUAUGAUUUGUAUUGGCCGCCAUGUUGGAGGGCAUAUUCUUGCCCUCCAACAUGGCGGCCAAAAGUACUUUUUGCUUCUAUCUUGUUGAACGUUUGAUAGUUGCACUCAGAUGUGCUGUAAGCGUUACCACAUCAUCUUUUCAACAUUUCCCUUGAACUUUGAGUGCAAAAUUUGUCUUCUGAAAGAUGUAAUUCCUAAUCUUAAAAAUCACAUUUUGGUCACGUGACCAGCUACGAACUUACUCAUUUUAAGAUAAUGGUGCUGGUUUGACAAACCAAAUCACUAUUAUUUUCUUUAAGAUAUGACGCGCUAAUCGUUUUUCGAAGGCAAAAUCAUAUAACUUUCAUUUUCAUAAAAACGAUGCCUCUUAGUGCAAAUGGCCUAUUGGGACUUAAAGGUUAAAAGACUCCAUCAUUCACCUUAGGAGUGAGAUAGCCUCUUCCAGGCUACAGUAUAGUAGUGCUGUUGUGCUGUAAAAGGUGAUGCAAAAAAUGCACGUGGGGGCUGGGGAGAGAGAGGUGGCAUAUCUUAUUUUUGCUUGCAUAUGAUAUACAAGGGGCAAAUGCUUUGAUCUUUUAUCAAAAUCUUUGCAUGUUGGUGUCGUGGAUUAAAGGAUGGACACCAGUGUAAGCCGCAGUGUAUCAUGAAUGUUUUAAUGUCUGACUUCAGCAGUUACAUUUUAUGUCUUAAUAUUAUGAAAUUUUAAGUAUAUUAAAUUUUGGCUUUACCCUGACUAGCUACUGGCCCUUAUGCAUGAUUACAUCAGACAAGCAAAUUUCACCACCAAACCUCACUUUUAAGCAAAAUUCUUUGCAUUUGCACUAUUUAUUUUGUGCAUGGAUAUUCUUUUCAACUCUAAAAGACAUGGAAAUUCAUUUAUGCAAAACUCUGUUGCUUUACACUAUUUCAAAAUGAGGCUUAGUGGUGCAAUUUGCUUACUGACCUAAACAUGCAUUAGAGCUAUUAAAAUAAUGAAAUCCCUGUGUUCAACAGGCUAAGGUCUUGUUCAGAAUGGACAACAAAAUUCACCCAGACAGCAGGGUAGGAAAAUAUUGCUAUUAGUUUGUUUUCUCAAUUAGAGUGAUUUUCGUAUGAGCUUGAAAUGAAAAUGUAGAAACAAAAAAUGAAUGGAAGUAGAGCAAUUUGAUUGGUUUAUUUAAUGGAUACAAGCACAUUUGGCUUUUGGUUCCAGGUUAAGCGAACGCUCAGGUGAAAAAACUUCAUGCCUGAGAACUUUCUAGAAAUCAAGCGAUACUUCGCUUUGAUGUCACACCGCAACACAAUUGGCCAAUAGAACAAUGCCUUCUCCACAUUAGGGUUUUCUUUGGCAUGAAAACAAAGAGUCCAUGUUUUGAUCUUUUCAUCCAUUGGUUGAUAAAACAAAUAACGAACACUUACCGAAACCAUUUUUCAAGAUCAUACGAAAAUCGCUCUAACAACAAUUGCACUGAGUGUGUGAGUUUCUUGACAUUUAAAAAGCUCUAUGAUCUCUAGAUCAUAUUGUACCCCUUGGUGAUGUUAAAAGAAAAUUGAACCACAACAUAUCUUCUGGUUUUUUGAAGGAAUGUCUUAAGUUUUUCCAUUUCUUACCAUAUAUUUGUUUCAAACUCAUUAUUAUUAAAGGGAAAGUUUAUUACCUAAAUCCAAGGAUAAAGUUGAACCACAACAGAUAUAUUGUACAGUUUGUGAGCACACCCUGAUUGAUUUCUCUUCAAUAUUAUCAAGCAACUGCCCAUCAGGCAGUCAUGAUGUUACUCACUCUAGAGCUUUAUAUAGCCACUUCACUUCUUAAAAGAAAUUUCAGUUGAUAGAACUACAAUCUAUCGUAGCAGUGGUUGCUGCCGGGUAUUCAUAUUGUGAUUGCUUCUGCUGAUUACUAAGGGCCUGUUUACAUUGAGGCAGGGAGCCCCUGUAAGUGAGGUAACCUUCCUGUCCAUAUAAUGGCUCAUAUAGUCACCACACCUACCAUGUAAAUGUGAUCAAAUUAACAUGAGUUUAUAUGGACAGGCAGGUUAUCCCACUUAAGCAGGUUACCUCACCUGCCUAGCGUUCCCCGCCUCAAUGAAGACAGGCCCUAUGAGUUAUUUCUAUAAAAUCGCUAUGCAUGCUGAACUUUUUUCAACUUUCCUAAUGAUCACAACAACCAAUAAGCAUCAGUCAUGAAGAAACCACGUGUAUUUAUUGCUGUAUUGGUGCAGUGAAUUAGCCAGUCAAUAACUGAAGAUGUAGAUAUAAUUUUUCAGUGCUUCUUGUUAAAGAAAGAUUUAAUUUUUUUAUAGAUGAGAUAUGAAAGGGGAGGAAGCCCAGCAGUUGUGAAAAAGGUUUGUGUACUAUUCUUAAAACUGAGGUCAUGGAAUUAGCUUUUCCUAUACACCUGAUGCACUUGUCUUGCAACAUUUUUUUUUUUUAAUUUUGCAGAAGAGGUCGCGACCUGAUCCAGACAAAGAAAGGUAUUGACUCAAAGUGUAAUUUGACUAUUAUGAAAUAAGUUUCUGUCGAUUAGUGUUGAAAUGUACUGUACGAGUAUAUGACAAUAUUAUUAUUGCACCAAUCAUACAAAAUAUACUGCACGUAGUCAUAGCAACAAAAGUGUUAGUGUAGCAGUAUGAGAAGGUUGCACAAACUGUUACUUACUCCUAACUCUUACUCCUCACAGAAUUACAAGAAAACUUUCUAUUAAGUCUAUCACUAUCGUGGUUUAAAGUGAAUAGAAGUUGCAUUGAGGAACUGAUCCUUUGUUACCACCUAUUUUUUUAUUGCUUUUAGUGAUGAGUCAUCACCAGCCAAGUCAAACAAAUUGGAAUCCAGAGUAAUCACCUUUGAUGUAAGUUUAGCUUAUUAUCUCCGUCAUGAAAUGAGAGAUACACUGCACAUUCUGCAACAAGUGUUGAUAGACCUAUAAUUUCAGUAAUGGGUUUUAACUUAAGAGAAAUCCCAUCCUUGUAGACCUAAAUGCCAAAUAGACUAACUUCUUUGUAAUUUUUAACAUCAGGGUGCUCACAACCUAGUUCACUAUGAAUGCUCAACCUAUUUUUUUUACAUUGACGUCUUUGAAUAGAAUUUUUUCGGAAGAAUUCAUAGUUUUAUUCUGUGUGUCAUUUUAAUUGCCUUCCUUCCUUUCCUUCUUUUAACCUUUACAUAUUAUAUUGUUUAAUUUCUUUAAGUGAAGUCAAUAGUAGUAUUCUAGCACAUAAAUUUUCUAACACAUAAAUUUUUGUCUGACAAAUUAUAUUCCUGUGAUUUUGUUGUUAUUUUUCAGUGGAAGCCUGAUGAACUUAAUGAGAAUACAGAGUUUGUGAUGGGUGUAAAAGCAAACAAGUACGUUGCAUAGUUAUACAUUAACAUCAAAAUAUAGGGAACUGUUGUUUAAAAAGAAAAACAAAGAAAGAGCCUUUGUUACUCAAUGAUGUGUAAUGGCAGAGUGGUUAACCUUUUAAGUCAAUACUACAGUCAAAUGAAAAAGUUAAAAACCAGCUUUGAUCUCAUCCAAUUCUUUUGAUGAAUUCUUUAAAGAAAUGUAUGGAGAACAGUUUGAAGAACUUGUAUCUGGAUAUUGGGGCUUCAAAAGUUAACACCUUGACUUUGCUCCAGUUUUUUUUGUUUCCUCAGGAGUUUAAAUAGGUUGAUGGGUGACGUACAGUACAUGUACUGUUAGAGGGUUAACCCGGUGAUUGACCAGCAUCCCAUUCAGGUGCAGGUCAGGUGGUGGAAGCAAUAUUCCUAGUUGCUUCAUUUAGGCUCUGUUUUGUUUUUUGGCCUCCUUGGUUUAUAUGUACAUUUUAGGAUCUUUUAUUUUUUAUUACCAAAAAAGUACUAUUUGUUGCAGUAAAUUGUAUUGUAAAAGUUACACAUUUUUUUCCAUCAUCAUUACCAGUAAUUUUUCUAUAAAACUACCUUUGUUGGUUCUGAUCUUGCUCUGAGAGAAACACUGUUAUCUUACAGUACUUAUUUUGUUGUAUUUCUGAUAAAUUAAGGGCCCUUGGUAUGGCUGCAACUAGGGGAAAGAUUUAUUACAGGCAUCCAGAGCUGUUCAAGGUAAAAUUGAUUUUUAAAAAUUUCAUGUGAAACAUUUUUACUUUUUGUCAUUUUUUUUGGUAAGCCAGUAAUUCAGGAACAAAGCUGAAGUGAAGGUAAAUAAUAAGAGAAAUAAUAGUUGGCCCAUGGCAAGUCAAGUUUGCCUGUCAGUAGGCUUAGACCAUUGAUUUUUCUCGACCUUUUAAAAAAUGAGUCUUUGUUACUUCGCUGGAAACAUGAUCUCUUAACAACACCAUUUACUCACUUCAAAAAGUAGCAUCAGUCCUGUCCUGUUGUUAGCAGAAGGCUUAGGUAAAGAGCUUGGAUUAAGCACAGAAAAUCUUGGGUUAAGUCACCAUCACUGGUUAAGUCACUGUCAACAGCAGUCCUAUUCAGGACUACAUUUACCCGGACAAUCAUACUCAUCCUACUUACACGAGAUACUGUUGAACAUUACGUGAGAAAGAAAUGAUAAUAUGAUUUUCACUUGAAAAGAAAGUCUCAUAAUACAUUGUAAGUUUGUUGGCUUCUCUUUUAGUAUUCUGGUGAUUCUGAUGACAAGCUGUGGCUUUAUGAACAAAAUGAACUUCCCAUCACUGGAGGAAAGGUGUGUUGCUUCAGGUUACUAGAAUAUACAGUGUGGUAUUGUUCAAUUUGAAUGUUAGGAAACAAUAAUUUUGUAGCAAAGCUGUGCAACAUUCAAUAAAUCAAUGAGAUACAUAGGCAUCUUAUGGUGUAGCAUUAAUGAAAGUUUAUUAUCAUACUUUUUACUGGUACCCUCUUUUAACAGACACCUAUUAAAGUUUGACCCUCCUAUUAAUGCCUAUGUAUAGUAGUAAAAUCUUGAAGUUAUCAUCGUCAAAGUUUUUUUUUUUUUGUUAUAAAGGCACCGAAUAAAGUAUGAUAAAGUUACUUGUGUUGGCAAAAAAAAUGCAGGAACAGCGACAACAACAAUCAAGCGAGAGUGAUGCAGAAACAUGAAGUCUAUGUACUAGUAAGAUAUAAACUCUAUUUAUUUUUGUAGGCUUUUCUUAUGAUAGCUGAUGACAUCAGAAAGCUGGCAAAUCAUGAAGACUACAGGUCAGUAAUAAGCAUUAAGAUUUCAAGAUUUUAUCUCAGUUGUCGUUCACACUGAAGUUAGUUUGAAAUGUCAGUCAUCUCCACCCCUAAUACACGUGCUGUUAUUAUGGUACUGGUAUUUCAGUCUCAGCCUUUCAAAUUUAAGUGGGGAGCAAUGUAAAUUGGAGAAUGGAGUGAAAAAAUAAUGAAAAAGAGGGAAAGAGAAGCUCCAUCACUGCUUUUCCCCCUUUUCUUGUAUUGUUCUGUUGUCUUUUGUGCGCAACCCCUUUAUCACCUGCCUGGAUCAGACUAAUUUAAGGUUGGCAAGAGGGAUGAUUGGUCAAGUGGUAAUCAAAUGUUGUGUGUGAACUUCAUUCCCCAUAGAGAGUGAAAGCUAAUCUGGUGAAAACAUUGGCUCUACAAUCCUGGUCAUAAUUUGUUUAAACACUUCCAAAAAACACAGGAUAAACUUAGUCGUUUUGUGAAUACAUAUAUUGCUUCCUUCACGUUCCUGCAAUGUUGGUUUCACACGUUUGGUUAGGAAUAAACGUCUUCAAAACCCACAUUGAAGGGGAAUUCAAAGAAAAAAUUUGCAAGCGCUUCAACAAUUACGACUGGGAAUGUCUGGUUUUAGCAGGGACAGCCCUUCCAUUUGUCUGGGGAUUUUUUUUGUUAUUUAUUAUUUAUUUAGAGCUAGUUCUUUUAAAAUCUAUUAUCACAGUCUUUCAGGGCCUUGCCAUUAUCUCUGGACACAAGUACUCCGAAAUUUCUGUAACCAGUAUCACAUAUCAGUUUUAGUGUGUGUUGGGGGAGGCAAGUUAAGUUGGUAUUCCCUAGGCAUAAACCCUCCUUCAGAAUUUUCUGGAUUUGCCCCUGAUGCAAGCUCAUUCUUGGAGAAAGAAAAAGUGUAUGGAAGAUUAAAUUUUUCUUAUUAAGUUGUUAAUUUCCUUUCAACAGAAAUGUUGUAGGUCUUAAUCUGGAAGAAAUCAAAGGAUUUAAAGUUCCGCCUAAAAUGUUGGAGAAGAUCAGAAACCACAUGAGA